UAACAACAAAACCUACAUAAGUAUGUACAUAUAGACAUUUAACUCUGCAUGAUAAGUCUCUACAUGACCGCCAUUGUAUCUCGUAUCACUUCCAUCGCAUAAGAAAUAUAAUUUUAUAAAUUGUUUAAUUGUGCCUGUAAAAAUGAAGGAUUACAAGUGAUUUGACAAUAGUUUUACUUGUUUUUCCAGAUUUGUGCAUUUUUUUGAUAAAGGACUAUACAGAAGCAUAUACUUCAAAUUUGAUGUGAUAUAUAUUAUUUAUAUAAUUCUCCGCCAUUAAAAUAUUGUGUAACUGUGCAUAAUUCAAAUAGGGAGGAUGAAAACAGAAAUUAAGGCAAUGAAGAGGAAAUUUCUACCAGGGAGUGACGUGUUUGUCAAUAAUAACUGUAAAAUGGCGAAUGCUAGAGAUCCUGUAAAAAAGAAAUGUGAUAUAGAUGAUAAUAUAACAUCACAUGGCGCCUCUAAAGUUGUUGCAGUAGAAUUAAAUAAGAAACUACCAAAAGCGAAGGAAAACGAACAGGACUCUAUGCCGUCUGAUGAUGAGGAUGGUUAUCCAGAUUUACAUCUUGAUCCUGAUGUUAUAGCUCAACGGAAGAGAGACAAAAACAAAAAAGAAAAUAUUGAGAUGUCGAACAGUUAAACAAACAGAAUGACUAAAGACUGUAAAGAACUUUUAUGCAAAUCUUAAUACCGCAGUUAUUAUAUUGAAACUGAAUAGAUACGUUGUUCAAUUGAAUCUGAAAACAGCGUUUAGACGUUUUAUCAUUGAAAUGACCUUCGUGGUAACUAUAUAAAACUUUUUAUGUACAUUAUAGAUGUAUGAAAACUUGCCUUAAAUAUGUUAGCAUAUGCAUUUUUUAUUGUAUCCAAUGAGACAUGAAACAUGUAUAUAUUACGAAAUUUGUUCAUUUUGUGGUUUUUGUAUUACCAUAUCAUAACACAUUCACGUGUCUAAACCAAGACCUUGUGUGCGCAAGUUCAAAUAUCAUCUAUUGAUUUUGUAUUGAAAUUUAAAGGACUAAAUUACAGCAUGUAUGAAUGUAUGAUUUAGGCCGUGUUCACAUUGAUCUAAACUCGGUGUUGUGUUUGUGUAAUUCACACGUAAACUAAACACACUUACGUUCCCAUUGAUACAACUCAAUGUUUACAUGUAGUUUAUAUCAUGUUUUGUCUACAUGCAGUCGAUAGUCAAUGUAGGCCUUGUGUGGGUCAAGUGUACACAAAACAAGGUAUUAAGAACAUGAAUUCUACCAUGUAUAUUUAAAGAAGAAACGUUUUUUGAAUAAAAUUGAUAUUUAUCACAAUUAUUAAUAAAGUUCUUUACUGAAUUGAUUGUCUAAACUCAAUAUAUUGCUUUGUUAUAAAAAAAACUAAAGGUAGCUUUAUCAAGACUCAAAGCAUCAUCAUCACCUUUGUCAAGACUCAAAGCAUCAUCAUCACCUUUGUCAAGACUCAAAGCAUCAUCAUUGCCAAACUCAUAAUUCAUUUGAAAAUGUCUUCCCGAAUCGACUGGACGUACACAGAAAUAUUUGCCACUGGUCUUUACUCAAUCAACGAUUCACUCAUAAAUACAUUACUAAAAAGAGUGUGCGGUAAAUUGUAUCGUUUGGUUAGUAACUCAGAUCCGGUAAAAUGCACUUAGAAAUAAAAAAAAAAGCAUUAAUUUGUAAUGUACGUAACGAUCUGUUAUUUUUUAGCCAAAGUUUUUUUUUCGCGACCAAAUUUAUUAAGUUUUUAAAGCAAUCAAUCAAUUUUUUUUUCUUCAAAAUUUAACACUAUAAGGUAUGGGGGAAAUCUGCAUUCAGAAUAUUUUUUUUUUAUCAUCUGCUUGACCAGAAUAUUUUUUUUUUUAAGUUAAAUGGUUGUUCUCUAAGCACGUUGCUGCGGCCUACGUUUUUUAUUGGGUAAUCGAGACAUCUUUAGUAUCUUAAAAGUACUGCAAAUCAUCGAAAUGGCUUUCAUAGCUGCUAGAAAAGUUUCCAAGAAAUUUGAAUUCGAUUCUAUGUAAUGAGCAUUUAAAUGACAUAUAGUUUACAAGUGUGAACAAAUCUCAUGUACAGGUAAUUAAACCAGGUGUAUAGAUGUGAACAAAUUUAAUGUGAAACCAGUGUACAUUACAUUAAACUAAAUGUAAACAUGUUUACUGUACAUGACGUUUGGUGUGAACACGGCCUUAGACUAGUUUUAUUGAUUACAAAUAAAAUUUUGUACAAGAGUAUUUUUCUUAAUUAAAAUUUCACUAGAAACAUA